AUGUCUCUUGGAAGCUUUGGCCUUGAUUUGAAGCAGUGUGAAGGUUGGCCUGACGAGCCGCCCAGCGAGGCACGGCCACGGCGUGAGACGCCGCGGGCUACGCGGGCUACGCACGGAGCGGAGUGUUUCAUCAUUUUUUGGCUGGAUCGACACCUUCUUUACAAGGUGCAGCUCUACGACUUCGCUUGCGAAGCCUUGGCGGCCCCCGAGGAGGCACCCGGUUGGAAGGGAGGAGGCGUUGGGAACACCCGCGGCCCGGUGCAGCAGACGCACGUUUCGACGGUUUGGAUGGUCCUCUCCUGCACCAUCCUGCACCAUCCUGCACCCACCGAGCUGGCGUCCUUCCCCGGCGUCCCGAGCUGCCCACGGAGCGCGCGAAGUCGGAACGGCCCAGGACGAAGCGUUCGACCGCAGCAGACCAUGGCCGAACAUGAAACUGAAUUCCGCGGCUUCUCCGUCUUCGCUGAAGAGCCCCGAGUGGAGCUUUCGGGCCGGUUUCCAGUACGAGAUGCCCAUCCGCUGAAAGAGCAGAGCGAGCAGAUGGGGGGACAUGCUUCCAUUGACUUGCACACGAUUGCAUGUGGGCCACCCCACUUCAAGCUUAACCUCACCAAUGGCACCGGCUCGGAGGUGGCGGAGGGAGUCAUGAAGAUGAUCUCGCCCAACUUUAGCAUCAUUUUCCAGGACACAGCGCGGCAUGCUGGUUAUUGGAUGCUUGGUUUUGUGUUUACCAGCUGGGCUUACUUCCUUUUCCUUAUCCUCAUCAGCUGCAGCCUCCCAGAAGCUGAGCAUCGGAGCAUUCAGGUUCUCCACCUCAUCCUCCAGGCGGAUCCGAACCGCACCGCCUCCGCGGAGCGAGCGCACCGUGAGGUUCUCACGAUUGAGACGAGCCUCGCGGACGUGUUGAAGGCGCCGCACUUGGAGCACUUGAGCUUCGUCGUCCUGGACGAGACCAGCGCACUCUUGGAGUUCCGCAAGGCCUUCAACACGCGGGCGGACACCAUCGUCAACUUCAAGGAACCCAUGGGCGCCGUGGGCGAAUUGGAGGGCUCCUUGCUCUACCGCAACUUGCCGGCAGCUUUGAAGAACCGACAGUCCUAUUCCGCUGUGAGCAUCGGUGUUGGCACGCCGCCCCAGCAUUUUGACUUGGUGGCUGAUACUGGAAGCAGCGCAGUGAUUGUCACGCACUGCGCCUGUCAAGAAGCCAGCUGCUACGGCUACAGCUCAUCUUGUUUCACGGGCACCAACCGCUCUGAGACCUUCGUUCUCCCCAAAGACUCUGAAGGAGACCCUCACUUGCUGGCGAUGGAGUUUGGCAGUGGAGUGAUUUAUGGGGUCCUGGCCACGGAUGUGGUCUCUUUGGGCCCUGUGAAGGCCAGGAUGAACGAAUCCCUGGUAUUGAUGUACGAUCAUCAGCUGGAUUCUGGCAUCACUGAUUUCGAGGGCAUUUUCGGGCUUGGCCUUCCCUACGGCGAGGCUUCUGCACAGUCCUGGCUCAGGCAAGCGGCAGUUCAAAGUUUCUCUAUGUGCUUCUCCAACUUCGAGGAGGACGGUGUUCUGCGGCUUUUGCGCGGUGCCAAGCACGAGCCGAUGGAGGAGGCCUUGCAGAUGAGGAAUGUUGGGAAAUACCACUGGGCUUUGAACUUCCACGGCAUUUCCCUGGGCAACGCGACAACUCCCGUGCUUUUCUGUGGAGGUGCCAGCAGCUGUGGUUUGAUCCCUGACUCCGGUACUACCCUGAUCUUGGGCCCUCCAGACCACCUCUUGGAGCUCUUUGCGUCCCUUUGCGACCGCUGGCCCCGCUGCGCGGCCGCGGCCGAGCGUGCGGCCAACGCCAGCUCAGCACAGUCAAUCGGCAUCAGUGACUGGAUCAAGCAUGCGUUUGAGAGAUGGGGAUUGCCUCCCAUCCGCUCACCUUUUGCACCAAGUCCGGCCACGGAGAGAAAGAUGGCCAAGCGCGAGGCCUUCGAAUCCUUGCUCUCCACCUGCAGUGCUUGGGCCAACUCUGCGGAAGACUUGGACGCUGAGCUGCCGGAGCUCCUGUGGCACGUCAGCGGCGCCGGGGAUUCUCGCGGUGACGCGAAUUCUGGGAAUUCGCAGGUCCUGCGGAUGCCUGGAAGUGCCUAUGUGGUGGCUGUCGGCUAUGAGGGGAGGAUGGGUUGCGUGGCGUUCUUCGGGGAGAUCGACUUGGUCACCCCGUCGGGGCCUGUGUGGAUUCUGGGGAGCGCCAUCUUCUAUGAGUACGUGGUCAAGUACGACCUCUCACCAGACGCAGCCAUCUCCUUCAGCAAGGGCCCCUGCAGCUCCUGCUCAACAGACACGGCCCUGGCCCUUGCUCGGCGAAAGUCAAGACAGUCUCGGCCUAUCCGACGGCAGGAGUCUCCUGUGCGCAUGCCUCGCUUCAAUCAUAGCAGGCUUUUGUGA